GAUAUUAAAAUGCAUUACGUUGAUUCCAAGUUACUUUGUUAAGCCGGAAAUAAAAGCAAAACAUUUACACAAAACGUCAUCAGAGUUUCGUUAAGUUUCGCAGCAGCAGCAUCAUGGAUGAGGAUAAUAUAUUGUAUGAGCAGCAUCUGCAUGAGGAAAUGCUGCCUGGUGCAAUGGAGGAAGCUGAGUUUGAGCGACUUUAUACUGCGCCUGUGGAGAUUGUGGCGCUGCUUUCGAUUUUCUAUGGCAGCAUCAGCAUCAUGGCUGUCAUUGGCAACACGCUGGUGAUUUGGGUUGUGGCUACAACGCGUCAGAUGCGCACUGUUACCAAUAUGUACAUUGCGAAUUUGGCAUUUGCCGAUGUUAUAAUUGGGCUCUUUAGCAUACCAUUUCAGUUUCAGGCUGCAUUGUUGCAACGCUGGAAUUUACCGUAUUUCAUGUGCGGUUUUUGUCCUUUUGUGCAAGCUUUAAGCGUUAAUGUCUCCGUAUUCACGCUUACCGCAAUUGCCAUCGAUCGACAUCGUGCAAUAAUUAAUCCGCUCAGAGCACGUCCCACAAAGUUCAUAUCAAAGUUCAUAAUUGCGGGCAUUUGGCUAUUGGCUUUCCUCUUUGCCGCGCCAUUUCCAAUUGCUUUUCGCGUCGAGGAGAUAACCGACCGCUUUCGUGAGAACGACAAGUACUUCAAUUUAACGCGACCAUUUUGUAUGAACAAAAACCUGUCGGAUGAGCAGUUGAAGGCCUAUCGCUAUGCCCUGGUAUUUGUGCAGUAUCUGGUGCCGUUCUGCGUCAUUAGCUUUGUCUACAUACAGAUGGCCGUGCGUUUGUGGGGCACACGCGCGCCCGGCAACGCGCAGGACUCGCGCGACAUAACGCUGCUUAAAAAUAAAAAGAAGGUCAUUAAAAUGCUGAUAAUUGUUGUCGUUAUCUUUGGACUCUGCUGGCUGCCGCUGCAGGCCUACAACAUUUUAUAUGUUACCAUACCGGAAAUCAAUGAUUAUCAUUUCAUCAGCAUUGUGUGGUUCUGCUGCGAUUGGCUGGCCAUGAGCAACAGCUGCAUAAAAAAAAAAAAAAAAAAAAAAAAAAAUCCCCACUAUGGUAUCUAUAAUGAGAAGUUCAAGCGUGAAUUCAAUAAACGCUUCGCCGCCUGCUUUUGCAAAUUUCAAACCAGUCUGGAGGCGCACGAGCGAACCUUCUCGAUGCACACGCGUGCCAGCUCGAUACGCUCAACCUAUGCGAACUCAUCAAUGCGCAUACGCAGCAAUUUGUUUGGCACACGCCACAAUGCGGCGGCGGGCAAUGGCAAGCAAGGGUUUCACAUCAGUCGCAAUGGUUACCAGACUGGCAAUGGCCAUGACUAUGGCGUGGGCGGCAACAACAAUGGCCAUCAAACUGUUGUAACAUUUGCGGGCAGCGGCAGCGGCGGUGCUGGCAGUUUGCCGCCUUGGCGACGCAACAACUUCAAGCCACUGCAUCCGGAUGUGGUCGAGUGUGAGGAUGACGACUUGGCGCUAAUGGAGUUGGCAUCGACGAGCGAGGAUUUGCCAGUGAGUUUGGCUACCGCAGGCGCGGGCGUGCAGCUGACGCUGCUCAAGAGCAAUUCGCGCGAAAGCUCAAGCUGCAUUUGUGGUCAGGAGUUUGGCAGUCGCACCGACUGCAACGGCACUUGCAUCCUCAGCGAAGUUUCGCGAGUGCAGCAGCCAGGAUGAAGCGCCAGGAAGAAGGCGCUGUGGCCACCGUGUAAAGGCUGAGAGCGCGUGCAAUCAAAUCUGUGAUUUUGUAAUAAUAUAUUGUGAUUAUGAUUGAUGGUAAUGCUGCUGUUACGUUAAUUAAGACUCAGUCAGUCAGUCAGUCAGUUGUUUGGCUUAUGUCAUUUUACAGUAUUAUUCUAUACGAUAUGUAUUCCAAGAAUGCCAAUUUAAUUCCGUAUAUAUUUACAGCGAUUUUAAUGCACACACACACACACACACUCAACUAAUUACAAUACUAAACAACAUUUUCGUUCGCCGCUCUUUAAUGUGCAUUAAGCAGUUUAGUUUAAUUAGUAAGCACACAGCAUCAAUUAACCAGCGAUAAAUAUAAAUUAUUCAUAUACUAUAUGUACCUACUAUGUAUGUAGAGUUUCAAUGAAACAAAAACUU